UCCCACUUUGUUGCAUUUUAAGUGAGAAUAUUGGGGUGGAGAAAUCUAUGGAUUACAUUUCUGUUAUUUUUCUUUCUGUUUAUUAUGAAUGUCCAUCCAAAUAACACAACUUGAAAACUAAAUCUGCAGAUGUUGGAUAUGAUUCAUAUCCAGCACUAUAGACGUAGCCUCAUCAAUGCUCUCAGCUUUGAUUUUUGCUUUUGUUUUCUUUAUUUUAAAGGGAAUCUAUAAAAGGAAGAGAGAGUCAAUAAUUUACUGCGAAAGUGACAGACAUGAUAGGAAGAAAAUGAGAUUUCUUAAAUUGUAAAAACUGAAAAAUGUUCUUUUGUUUUGGAUUCUAAAGAAGCCUCGAUCUAAGAGACCACCACAAAAAAGAAAAAAAAGAAACACAAAAGUUGAUUCUCCAUUAUCAUCACUCUGUAUUCAAACAUAUCAGUUUUUAAACUUCAUCCAUUUGACAAAUCAGACCAGAAAGAACAAAGAAAACAACAAAAUGCAGAAAAUCCAGAGUUUUCAUCUUCUACAGUCCUUUCUGUUCCUGAAUUUUUGCUUAUGUUCUUCCAUUUCUCAGGAAAAUGACCCAACGUCUUGUGGUAAAUUCCAAAUUCAACCCCCUUUCCUGAGUUCUUCUAAUCUAAAUGGGCCCUUCCCAUUAAACCAUGUGAUUCUCUGCAGAUCUCAGAAACUGUAUUUCAGAACUUCAAUUGGCCUUUUCCCCAUCUCCAAAAUUGAUUACACCACAAAAACUCUUAUAAUCUCCAAUUUUCUUUCUUCUUCACACCAUUUUGUUUCCCCUUCCCUUUUAUCCUCAGGGCUUCCUUCACCACCACACCUUAUCAACUCACUCCUCCUCUUCAACUGCUCUAACCCAACAAAACCUAUCACUGAAUCUGCCCAAAACUGCCCAAAAUUUGAAGCUUUACAAAACCAAGAUGAAGAACAAACAUCCCAAAAAUCUUCUUGUUUGAUCUUUGAGGAUCUUGGAAAGCUUCAGGAGAGCUUCCAUCCAAAUGACUUGAAAUGCUCCCAUUUCAGAAGGGUUUACAGAAACUCCUCAGAUGUUGAACUUAAAAAUGGAUACAAAUUGGGAACUUCAAUCUCCUUUGACAUUCCUGAUCAUGUUCCUAAUCCGUGUCAUGAGUGUGAGAAGCCUGAUGGGCAUUGUGGAGUGGGUUUGAGAUGCAUAUGCCAUGUUCUUGAUUGCAAAGAUAAGGUGUUUUCUAAGGGUGGAAUUGUCAGACCUUGUGAAAGUUGAGCGUUUGCGGGCAAAAGUUAAACAAUCCCCUUCAAAAUCAAUGCUAAUUGCGUUCACUCCAUCAUGGAAUGCCUUGGUUUCUGGUCGACUUCUAGGCAUUCAAAUAUUAAUGUCAAAGUUGCAGUUGCAGCAUGCGUUAGUGAAAUAACUAGGAUCACUGCACCUAAUGCCCCUUACAGUGACGAAAGUAUGAAGGUAAUCAGAAAUUUGCUCGGUUGAAUGCCAUUUUCCCACUUAUUUGAAUUUACUUAUGAAUAGUUGAAUGUAUGUUGCUGUUCAGGAGGUGUUUCAUCUUAUAGUAUCAUCCUUUGAAAAUAUCUCUUACAAGUCAAGUCAAUCAUUGCAAAAAGGGCAUCCAUUCUUGAAACUGUCCCAAAGGUCAGAUCAUGUGUAGUCAUGCUACAUUUAUGGGCUGGCUGCUCCAUAGAAAAAUCCUUCAACCUUCAUACACAUUUGUCACAUUUAUUGAUUUUAAACUUAUUGGUCAUCAUUACGUUGUCAAAUUUUUCAUGUCAUUGUUUUUAUGCUUGUUUUAGUCCAUAAAGAGACCUAAUUACUUUGCAAACUUUGUUUUCUUGAUCGAGAGAAACAAACCCUUCAGGUUGUUGCAUGUACAUCUCUUCAUCUAACUCACCAUUUAAAAAUGUCGUCUUGGCAUUCAUCUGAUGUAUCUCAAAUCCAUGCAAAGCUGAUAUUGCUAUGAGCAUGCAAAUGGAAGUUAAUUCAAGUAAUUGGUAAGUAUGUAUCAGAAUAGUCAAGUUCUUCUAGUUGCUUGUAAUCUUUGGCGUUAAGUCUUGCCUUAUAUUUAUCUAUUGACCCAUCGAUCUUCAUUUUUCGUUUGAAAAUUCAUUUGCAUCCAAGUGGUUUACUUCCUAA